UUUUUAACUAUAAUAUUAAUUAUUUAUUUAUUUAUUACCUUAAUUGCAGUAAUUAAAAUUACAAAUAUUUUUUUUGGGCCUUUACGAUCUUUUAACUAAUGAUAAAUAAAUUUAUUUUAAUUCGUAAAUCUCAUCCUUUACUAAAAAUUAUUAACAAUUCUAUUAUUGAAUUACCCACCCCCUCUAACAUUUCAUCUUGAUGAAAUUUUGGUUCAAUUUUAGCAUUAUGUUUAGGAGUUCAAAUCUUAACAGGAUUAUUUUUAACAAUAUAUUAUUGUGCUAAUAUCGAAUUAGCAUUUUAUAGAGUUAAUUAUAUUUGCCGAAAUGUAAAUUAUGGUUGAUUAAUUCGAACUUUACAUGCUAAUGGAGCAUCAUUAUUCUUUAUUUGUAUUUAUAUUCAUAUUGGCCGAGGAAUUUAUUAUGAAUCAUUUAAUUUUUUUUAUACUUGAAUAGUAGGAGUAAUAAUUUUAUUUAUUUUAAUAAUAACUGCCUUCAUAGGAUAUGUUUUACCUUGAGGACAAAUAUCAUUCUGAGGGGCAACUGUAAUUACUAAUCUUUUAUCAGCUAUUCCUUAUCUAGGAACUAUAUUAGUAAAUUGAAUUUGAGGGGGGUUUGCUGUUGAUAACCCAACUUUAACUCGAUUUUAUACCUUCCACUUUCUAUUACCUUUUAUUAUUAUAAUAAUAACAAUAAUUCACUUAUUAUUCCUUCAUCAAACAGGAUCAAAUAAUCCAUUAGGAAUUAAUAGAAACAUAGAUAAAAUCCCAUUCCACCCAUAUUUUACUUUUAAAGACUUAAUUGGAUUUAUUAUUUUAAUUUUUAUUUUAGUUAUAUUAACAUUAACUAAUCCCUAUAUAUUAGGAGAUCCAGAUAAUUUUAUCCCUGCAAAUCCUCUAGUAACCCCAAUUCAUAUUCAACCUGAAUGAUAUUUUUUAUUUGCCUAUGCAAUUUUACGUUCAAUUCCUAAUAAAUUAGGAGGAGUAAUUGCUCUAAUUAUAUCUAUUUUAAUUUUAGUAAUUUUACCAUUUACAUUCAAUAAAAAAAUUCAAGGUAUCCAAUUUUACCCUAUUAAUCAAAUUAAUUUUUGAACUAUAAUUUCAACAAUUAUUCUAUUAACAUGAAUUGGAGCACGACCUGUAGAAAUUCCUUUUAUUCUUACAGGACAAAUCUUAACAGUAAUUUAUUUUUCUUAUUAUAUUAUUAACCCAAUUAUUAAUAAAAUUUGAGAUAAAAUAAUUUUUAAUAAUUAAUUAA